AUGGGUGAUGACUCAGCCUUGAUAGACACACUUCUUCGUCGUCUCAACUCCACAUUUAAGAUACGUGACUUAGGCGCCCCGAGUUUUUUCCUGGGCAUUGAAACUAUUCCAAUAGAUGGGGGACUGCUUCUUUCCCAGCGUCAUUACAUGGGUGACCUGCUAAAAAGAGCGGGUAUAACUGAUUGCAAGCCGCUGGCCACACCAUUCAUGCAUGCUCCAACAAAUGAUAACUUGGCUCUCCUUAAACGUGUAUUACGGUAUGUCAAGGGCACAAUUGAUCAUGGUCUACGUCUCGCAGCUUCGUCGUCUGAUGACAUUCAUGCCUACUCUGAUUCAGACUAG